AUGUUUAACCUAGUAGUUUUAAUUGAUCUAAAAAAAGCAUUUGAUACUGUUGAUCAUCAAAUUCUAUUGAGGAAGUUAGAACUUUAUGGAAUAAAAGGAGAAGCUCUAACUUUGCUCAAAUCUUAUCUCACAAACAGAAACCAGAAGUGCCAAAUUAAGAAUUCCUUUUCUACAGAGCGAUUGAUUAAAUGUGGCGUACCACAAGGCUCUAUCUUAGGACCACUAUUCUUUCUGCUACAUAUAAAUGAUUUACCUCAGUGUCUAAACAAAAAAAAACCUCGAUGGUUUGCUGACGACACAAAUCUGACAGCAUCGGGAGAUUCUGUAAUUGACCUUGAAACUGCAGCAAAUUCUGAUAUGGAAACCUCAGAAAAUG